AUGACACUUAAUUAUGGCAGCUCAGCACUUCACAAAGUAUUAGGAUCAGGUGCUGGUAAAAAAGAGAAAAAAAGUUCUGGUAGAGCUGCAGAUUCAACAGAAACAGUUAUAACUAUUGUUUAUGGUGAUGGUAAAGUUUUUGAAGCCCAGGAUUCAAAUGGUUUGGCUGAUCCAUUUAUUAGAAUUGGUACAGUUAAAUCUGAAGGUGUUUUUAGUAAAAAAUGGAAAUCAGAAUCACCAGUUUGUGAAAAAACACUUACACCAAAUUGGAAUUACUGUGAAGAUGAAUUUAUUAUUAAAAAAACAACAAAAGAAUUAGUAGUUGAACUUUGGGAUAAAGAUACACUUAAAGAUGAUUUCGUAGGUAGAGCAAUCGUUGAUAUUUCAGGUAUUGUAACUAGUUUAAUGUCAUUCAAUAUUGAAUUUAGAGAAAAACCAACUGAUGAAAAGCCAAAAGGUACUGUUACAAUUUAUAUUAAAAAAUUAUAUUAA